CUCUUGUUUUUGGUCCAGGUUCACGGCCAAGGAGGAGUCAAGUUCCAGAACUGGGCUAAGACCUAUGGCUCCUCUCCGGAGCUGUACUUCCAGCCUACCUCAGUAGAGGAGAUCCGGGAGAUCCUGGACAUGGCCAGGCAGAGGGACAAGAGGGUGAAGGUGGUGGGGGGUGGCCACUCUCCUUCAGACAUCGCCUGCACAGAUGACUUCAUGAUCCAGAUGGGGAAGAUGAACAGGGUCCUUAAGGUGGACAAGGAGAAGCAGCAAGUGACAGUGGAAGGUGGGAUUUUCCUCUCAGAUCUGAACGUCGAGCUGAGCAAGCACGGGCUGGCCCUGGCCAAUUUAGGAGCCGUUUCGGAGGUGGCAGCAGCUGGUGUGAUUGGGACGGGGACGCACAACACCGGGAUCAAGCACGGCAUCCUCCCCACCCAGGUCGUAGCUCUCACACUGCUGACAGCCUCGGGAGAGAUCCUGGAGUGCUCUGAGUCCAUCAACGCGGACAUCUUCCAGGCAGCCCGCCUGCACCUCGGCUGCUUGGGCGUCGUGCUCACCGUCACCUUCCAGUGCGUGCCACAGUUCCACCUGCACGAGGUGGCCUUCCCCUCCACCCUCACCAAGGUCCUCGAUCACCUCGAGGACCACCUGAAGAGAUCCCAAUACUUCCGAUUCCUGUGGUUCCCUCACAGCGAGAACGUCAGCGUCAUCUACCAGGAUCCCACCAACAAGCCCGCCUCUUCCUCUGCCAGCUGGUGGUGGGAUUAUGCUGUUGGCUAUUAUUUGCUGGAGUUUCUGCUCUGGAUCAGCACCUUCGUGCCCGGCUUGGUGUGCUGGAUCAACCGCUUCUUCUUCUGGCUCCUCUUCAGCUCCCGGGUGGAGAAUAUUGCCAUCAGCUACAAGAUCUUCAACUACGAGUGUCGCUUCAAGCAGCACGUUCAAGACUGGGCCAUCCCCAUUGAGAAGACGAAGGAAGCCUUGCUGGAGCUGAAGGCUGCCUUGGAGAACAACCCUAAGAUGGUGGCUCACUACCCCGUGGAGGUGCGCUUCGCUCGGGGGGACGAGAUCUGGCUGAGUCCCUGCUUCCAGCGAGACAGCUGCUACAUGAACAUCAUCAUGUACAGGCCCUACGGGAAGAACGUCCCCCGCCUCAACUACUGGCUGACCUACGAGGGCAUCAUGAAGAAGCAUGGUGGGAGACCACACUGGGCAAAGGCCCACAGCUGCACCCGAAAGGACUUUGAGAAGAUGUACCCAGCCUUCCCCAAAUUCUGUGCUGUUCGGGAGAAGCUGGACCCCACGGGGAUGUUCCUGAACGCCUACCUGGAAAAGGUGUUUUACUGAUGGGGGCAACGUGGGGGAUGAAGGAAAAAUCAGCCAUCACCCCCAGUUCUCGGGACACCCCAAAGAUCAUGGUCCUUCAUGGUGCCAAGGUGCUGCACCCCCAGCUUUGCCCUCAUCCGUUGUGACAGCAGGCAGCAAGGGCUGGCCC